GUUUGGGUGACAUGAUAGGUGAGAAAGAAGAUUGGUAUAUUCCGGUGGAGGAAACUUGUAUUACUCCGGAUAUGGUUCCUCGUAUCAAUGAAGCAGAUUACAAGUACUACUACGUUGACAAGAAUUUGAGCAGGCCAUUAAUCAUGGAGUAUUACACUCCUUCAAAUGACGUCAUGAUAGUUCCGUUUAGCAAAAAUGAUGUUGAGAGGAUGAUAUACCCUCUUGAUGGACCAUAUGGAGAGGAAGAAGAGACUGCUUAUGAAAAGUUUCAAGUAUAUCUUAAAGAAAUAAAAGAAACUUUUCCAGAAAGCUUAACUAAAAGAAGAAUAAUGAGAUUUUUGAACUCAAAUAGUUUUAAACUUAAGGAGACUUACAAUAACAUAAAGGAGCAUUUGGACUGGAGGAAAGUUAUGCUUCCUAUUAUCCUCACUCAAGAAAACAUUGCAUUAAUAGAAAGAGGAUUUAUAUAUGUUCAUGGAAGAGAUAGACACUUCAGACCAUUUCUUUUCGUUAAUGCAGAUAUUAUUGCUAUUGAAGGGAUAGAUCCAGAAAAUGUUUUCCAGACGUCCUGGUUCGUCACUAUUUACAUUGUUCAGAAUCUUCUAAAGCGAGGAUCUGUUGAAAACUGCAUUGAUGUGGUAAACCUUGGUGGCCUUCCCAUCGAUAAAAUACCUCGAGAAGCAUUGAAAAAGUUCAUAGUUGAAAUACAAGUCCAUCUUAAAGGAAGAAUAGCAAAGAUGUUGUUCCUUCAUGUAACUUUUGGUUUAAGAAUGAUUUAUUUCUUUAUUUCUCCAUUCCUUGAAGCAAAGGUGAAAAAUAAGAUAAUUAUGAAGGGUGAUGGAUCUUCCAAAGAAAUUCUAGAAUUAGCACAUCCUUCACAGAUAGAGAAGAAAUACGGAGGAACUGCUGAAAAUCUCACUCAGUUUUGGCCUCCAAGGGCUAUUUCCGAUGAAUAUGACCCCUACCCUAAGUGAAUCAACUUCGAAGAGUUCAAGAAGGCCAAGGAGGCUCAGAAGAGUUUAGCCUCAGAAAAGCAGGCACUCCUCAAGGAAAACUCUGAAGAGAAUAAAGAGAGAAGCUUUGAAGUCAUUAAGAUCCCCCAGAGAAGUCUUGCAGCGAAGAAUUAUGAGGUUAAUACAGAGGAAAAUAUAGACACUAUGAAGCAAGGAAAGAAGGAAUUUAUGUGGCCUGUGAGAGCAGGGACAGAGGGAGAAGUUAAGAAAAGGUCUGAUUGCUGCUGUUGUAUAUUUUAAUAUU